CUGCUGCUGCUGCUGCUGCUCUGUCCUCAGUCUGUGUGCUGCUGCAGAGGGACGCUGACCGCGCGCACGCUGGAGAGUGAGAGGCAGAACAGGGGCAACAACAGAGAGUGAGAGGCAGAACAGGGGCAACAACAGAGAGUUCGUCUCAGCCUUCUGCCCCUUCUCUCUCCCUCUUCCUCUCCUUCACUCUGUCUGUCCGUCUUGUCUCCACUCUGUCUUCGUUGCCCUGAGCUCUUCUCUCUCUCUCUCUCUCUCUCUCUCUCUUUCCUCUCAUUUCUUCUCUUCCUUCCUUCUUCUUUGUUACUCUUCGCCAGCUGCUGAGCAUCGAUGCAAAAUGGGUUGUGGGAACUCCUCAGCAGCCAGCACAUCAGGAGGAGGGCCGGCAGAAGCUUCUAAAGAUGUGACGGAAGACCUCUCACCAGAUGAUGAGAAAAGAAGGAAUUAUGGUGGGGUUUAUGUAGGUCUUCCAGCAGAUUUGACCGCAGUUGCAUCAAGUCAGUCCAAGAACACACACAAAGAUUAACAGAAAAGAAUAAUCAGAUGUGACACAGAUGCUCUAUUGUGUACGCACAAGGCUGUCCUCUAAUAUGGUCCAUUUGGGGUGUUCUGGCCUCCGCUGGGUCGAGCCACCCAGAGUCUUCAGGCUCCUGGCCAUGAGGGCUCCCCAGGGGUCCGUAGUGUGUGGAGGAGCACUGUGCCAUGCAGGGAUGCCUCUGUGUGACGCCAUAUUUACACAAACUUGGGCAGUGGCAAGGGCAUCAAGACUCUGGAUGGGGCCAGACUAUCAGAGUCCCCCACUAGCCAAUCAUCUCCCUCUCAGGACAGGACCUGCUACAUGACUUUCUCCUUUUAUUUGAUGGACCAACAUAUUCAACCAGGAAUGAUCAGGUCUGCAAUAAUGGAAACAAAAACACUACACACCUUGCAUUGCUUCAGGAUACUGCUGGAUAUGG